AUGACAACGAAAUUGUAUCCUAAUGAUUAUUUUGGUGACAAGACUCAAUAUGACUUCGAAAAGGAUAAGGAGGUUGAAAAGAAAUGGAUAAUCGAGGAGAUCAUCAAGCCAGAGCUACCAAAUAUCAUUGAUAAUGUCGAGAAGUGUAUCGAGAUGCUUAAUGCUAAUCAAGUUUUCAAGAUGCCAAUUAGCAGUGGUGGUAAUGACACUAGUGAUAAACCUUCAAUUAAAGGUGUCAUAACUAGACAAGCGGGUUAUAUUUUGGACUUCCAAGUUAUACUACGGUUUCCCGAGUUUCACAAGGGCAAGCAAGUCGUUUAUAGAAUGAACUCUGGUUCUAAAUUUUCGUUGAAGCAGAUACACACACUAAAUGAUAAUUUACAAGCACUGUUAGUACUGUUAGAAGAAUUAGAAAUGGUUAAAGAUACAGCUAAAUUUAAUACAAAAUUGGAACAGGGUUUGACCUAUCUUACAAAAUCUAUAAACUUACUACAAAACCCUUCUAAGGAAUUGUCGUUCCCAGGUAAUAACAAUCUCGCGAUGAAAGAGAUGUUCCAGGAUUACCAGACUCUUUGCGAAUCUAAUAGUCAUUUAGUUUCUCUCGAAUUGAUGUUAUUUAAAAACGAAAUAAGCAUUGAGUUUAGAAACCUGCUUAAAGUGAUGAAGAAACCAUGGAAUGAAAUAGAUCCCGACACGGGUAAGUCAAUUACUGAUCAGAUCAAAGACAAAUUGAAGAGCGACAGAGGUUUAAACCUAGCGAACGUGCUCAAGGACUUUGGGAUCCAGAUAGAGGAACCUUCAAUAUUCAACAAUAUAAUGAUGUCGACAUUCAACACGGAAAGGACGACGUUAGUGCAAGCACAAAACUAUCUUAACCGCUGUGUUACGUUUGACAACAAGGUUGUCAUGGAAUGCGAAAAGCUAGUCGUGACGACCAGCGACCCUUCAUUGAUCAGUUUAUGCUCGAAACUGAACAGCUUGGAAAACAGUAUUGGGAACCACUAUUCUAAUCUAACGUCGUGA